GGGUUACAGUGCCAGAGCUGCUUGAUGCACAAGUGUUGUGACCGGGCUGGACCGUUAUUGUCACACUGCGGAGCCAACACGACCGUCUGAGCGUUUCACGGGGAUCAGGGCAGAACACAGCAGCAUCGAGCCAACAUGGGGAAGGUGGAAGGUGGAAUGAAAUGCGUCAAAUACCUUUUGUUCGUGUUCAACUUCAUAUUCUGGUUGAUGGGAUCCUUUGUUCUGGCAGUGGGGCUGUGGCUACGUUUUGACCCAGAGACUGUGUCUCUGCUCAAUGGUGAUAAGGCUCCAGACACCUUCUUCAUUGGUGUGUAUAUACUGAUUGGUGCUGGCAGCCUGGUGAUGUUGGUUGGUUUCUUUGGCUGCUGUGGAGCUGUGCGGGAAUCUCAGUGCCUGCUGGGUUCAUUCUUUGCCUGUUUGUUGAUCAUCUUUGGAGCUGAGGUGGCAGCGGGGGUGUUUGGAUUCUUAAACAAAGACAAAAUCGUCGAAGACGUUCAGAACUUCUACACAACAACUUACAAUGAAAACAAUAACAGCACUUUGAUCAUCUCAUACCAGAAAGUACUGAACUGUUGCGGAACCACCGCAAACCCCUGCCCUGAUCCCCAACCGGAUACCAAGGACUGUGAGACAGGCAUCAAGGAGUUCUUCAACAGUAAGCUCUACAUCAUCGGGUACGUGGGCAUCGGCAUUGCUGGAGUCAUGAUCAUUGGGAUGAUCUUCAGUAUGGUACUCUGUUGUGCCAUUCGCAACAGCAGGGAGGUCAUCUAAGCUGGAUCCUUGACCUGUACCCCUCACCCCUCCUUUACUCAACCCCCGAGAGACUAUACAGCCAUCAGAUAAAAUGUCAACCCCUGUCCCAUCAUCCACCCAGCGACCCAGGAAACUGACCAUGCUCUAAAACUUCCGUUUCGUCUGCGGUGCUCAACUCAGCUCUCCUGACCUGAUCUUUAUUCUCUCUGAAAUUUUAUUUAUUUAUUUGCCGUCACAAGUUAAGUAGCAGAGUUGACUUUAAUUCACAUUUCCAGUAGGAACAGAAUAAUUUGCGAUGUUGCCCUGACAAUCCGUCAGAUUGUUUUUCCUCAUGGCCAUUUGGCUACCACUACAAAUUUUAACCCACAUACUGUCACAGGAGUGUCAAUGCUUUUUCACACUGCCUUGACACUGACCCUGUGGCUGUGGGAAACUUAAGCCCAGAGAGAGCAAUCCGAGGUGAAGGCAGCUGUGUGUGCUUAUCUGUGCACACACAAAUCAAGACACACACGGAUGCGCACACAUAAACACAGCAAUGUUGUGUUACGUGAGACGGCAGCCUUGUCUGGCGUCUCGUAGGGAGUCCUGAUUGGUGGAAUCAGAGUUGAGUGUCAAGAGAGGGAAUGGCCCGUGAAUGUUUCGAGAAUGCAUCCAUCAUGCAGCCCGAAUGGUCUUACUCACACACAUACAACAUGCUGUAUACGCACUCCGCGAACUAUGCAAUCAACACAGGUUGCUCUUUAUAAGGAAAAUCCACAGUUAUCUUAAAGGAAUAGUUCAAUAUUGUUGGGGAAUACUCUCAUUCACUUCCUUACUGAGGGUUAGAUUAGAAGAUAUCUAACCCAUGUACGAUAAGUAUGAAGCUACAGCCGGCAACUGGUGAGAUUAGCUAAGCACAAAGACUGGAAACAGAGGGAAAUAGCCAGCCUGGCUCUGUGUGGAUCAUUUUGGAGAGAUUGUGUUAUCACUUUACAGAGCCAAACGACCUCUUGUGUCCAGUUUUUAUUCAGCUGUAGCCUUAUAUUUUCCACACAAAGUGGUCUCGAUCUUCUCCUCUAUCUCUUGGUAAGAAAGCAUAUUUCUUAAAAUCUUGAACUAUUCCUUUAAAGGACCAGACCAGUGGGUUUGCCUGUUUUAGUUCAUUUACUACAAAUCAUGCACAGUUUGCAUUAAAAGUUAACCCCUUUGAAAACAACACUGGAACGUUUCAGAAAUGUUCACUGUGGUGGGUUUAUACAAUUCAAGUAAGUUUCAAGAGUCGUCUGUUGAGCAGAAAUGAAAAACAUCUAAAACCAUGAAGUGUGCAUGAUUUGCAGUUACAGAGGUAAAACUUGCAGACACGCUGGUCUGAUCCUUCGAAGAUGAUUUAAAAAAAAAAAAAAAACGCCAACUGAAUUACAAACCAAAUUCCCUCGUCAUCCCGAAGGAAAAGCUCCUCGUCUAUUCGGCGAAGCAACUCGGUGAGAUAAAUACCACUUCCUACCCUUAAUAAUAUGUGUGCUCCCUUAUGUAAGAGAGUACCCUGGAGCUAGAACAUAUGGAUAUGUUUUCAGGCUAUACAUACACUAGCCGGUCAACUGAGAAUAGGUGCUGUCACUGUGAAAUCCAGUUAUCCGAGCCAGAUCUUUGAUGUCUUCCCAGCUCUUCCAUCUUGUUCCCCCUGUGUGCCUUAAAAGUACACCGCCCACAACAAAAAACCCCAAGGAAAUCACCCCUGUAUUCUUCCCAUUUUAUUGACCUCAGCAGAUAGGAGGGCUGUUGGAUAGAGACACAUUUAUCCAGGUUAAAUCAGGCCAGUGUUUGAAUUUGAAGGGUUUAUUCCAAGUGUCAGGACUCCAGUAUGUAAAUAUGUUUGAGUUUUUUUUUUUUUUGUUUGUUUUUUGUAGUUGUACAUUAUUUGUGGCUGAUGUGAUAGUUACUAUUUAACAUGCUGUGUGUAGACAGACGCUUGCAGUAGUUAUACCAUGUUUUAGUCAUGACAGUGUAGUCAAACCAGAUCCACACAGCCAAAACAGUCUCUUAACGUGCCUUUCUUCGAUAUCCAGCUAUUUUUGAACAACAGGCUGUCUGAACGUAGCAGAAGUGUACAUAUGUUUGUAGAGUUGGACCGCUAUUAAUUGUCAUACACAGUGGACGAGUAGCACAUAUGGCUCGACUUGCCAUUAUUGUUUUGGUGUGUUUUUGAGCGUGGCACUCGACUGUGUCUUCUCAGCCAAGAGAGCUGAAGUGGUGAAAAGAACAGUUUUCUCUUCCAACUAUUUCAAAAGCCUUUUGGUACUAAUAAAAAUCUAUUCUCAGGACUCUAAACAAUAAUCUGAAUGUUGAUGAAGUCCAGAUGAUCAAACUAUACGGGACACAAGCACUUGUGAAUAUUAUUUUCGCUUUUUUUGUUCACAUUUUAGUGUGAUGUUAAACAUGUGAGGACACAACAAAGGCUUAAUUACCACUUCAGGCUGUUAAGAUGACAGUAGGCAGUGUUUACUCUGAGGACGGAGAUGACACAACAGAGUCACUAGACUGUCACUCCAGAGGCUCUGUGGAGCUAAAAUAGGAAAAGGAACGAGGAACAGUUUAGUGCUACUCAAUCCACAAUGCUGUUGCUGUGUUCCUCAGUUAUAUUUGUUUUGAGCAAAUCUGGAGAUGUAAUGUACUGUGCUCCUAAAAAAAAAAAAAAAAAAAAAAAA